AUGCCAUCUUUAUCAAAGAAUUUCACUACUUCAGCUAUUGCUAAGGGUGAUUUAUACAAAUUUCAAUCCCAAUUACCAAAAUUACCAGUUCCUGCUUUACAAGAAACUGCUAAUAAAUAUGUUAAAUCAAUUGAACCUUUGUUAACCACUCAACAAUUAAAUGAAACAAUUGCUAAAGUAAAUGAUUUUAUUAAACCAGGUGGUGUUGGUGAAACUUUACAAGCUAGAUUAGAAACUUUUGCUAAAGAUAAGGAUAAUUGGUUAGCUGAAUUCUGGGAUGAUUGGUGUUAUAUGUCUUAUAGAGACCCUGUUGUUCCAUUUGUUUCUUAUUUCUUUUCCCAUAAGGAUGUUAAGAAUAUCAUUGGUCAAGAUCAAUUAUUGAAAGCUUCUUUGAUUGCUUAUUAUACUAUUGAAUUCUGGGAACAAGUUCAAAAUGAAACUUUACCUGCUGAAAUUAUCAAGGGUAAUCCAUUCUGUAUGAAUGCUUUCAGAUAUAUGUUCAAUAAUUCAAGAGUUCCUGCUGAAUCUUGUGAUAUUACCAAAAAAUACGAUGGUGAUGCUAAUAAAUACUUUAUUGUCAUUUACCAAAAUAACUUUUACCGUGUUCCAACUCACAAUGAACAAGGUCAAAAGUUAUCCAAGGGUGAAAUUUAUGCUUACUUACAACAAGUUAAGAAUGAUUCUACUCCAAAGGGUGUCGGAAUAGGUGUUUUAACUUCAUUAAAUAGAGAUGAAUACUUAUCGGCCUACAACAAUUUAAUUAAAUCUCCAAUUAAUGAAGCGUCAUUAGAAUCUAUCUUUGCAGCAUCAUUUGUCAUUUGUUUGGAUUCUAAUUAUCCAAUUACCAUUGAAGAAAAAUCCAAGAACUGCUGGCACGGUGAUGGUACUAAUAGAUUCUAUGAUAAACCAUUGGAAUUCUUUAUUAGUGCAAAUGGUAAUUCUGGUUUCUUGGGUGAACAUUCCAAAAUGGAUGCCACUCCAACCGUCCAAUUAAACAACACCAUCUUGAAGAAGAUUGACCAAACUAAUCCAGAAGAAUUAAUUGCUGAAAUUUCCACUGCUGCUCCAGUCGUUGGUAAAGCCGAUCUUUUACCUUUUGACUUAAACCCAACCACCAGAGCCAACAUUACCACUGCCAAGGCUAAAUUCGACAAGACCAUUUCUGAACAUCAUGAAGAAAUCUUCCAACAUUACGGAUAUGGUAAAGGACUCAUCAAGAAAUUCAAGGUCUCUCCAGAUGCUUAUGUUCAAAUGAUGAUGCAAUUAGCUUAUUACAAAUUAACCGGUAAAGUAAGACCAACCUAUGAAUCAGCCGCCACUCGUAAAUUCCUCAAGGGUAGAACCGAAACUGGUCGUACUGUCUCCAAUGAAUCCAAGGCAUUCGUCGAAACUUGGGCAAAUCCUUCAUCUACCAUUGCUGACAAGGUUGCUACUUUCCAAGCUGCUUGUAAGCAACAUGUUGGUUAUUUAUCCGCUGCUUCUGAUGGUAAAGGUGUUGAUCGUCAUUUCUUGGGUUUGAAGAAUAUGCUUAAAGUUGAUGAACCUGUUCCUGCCAUGUUUACUGAUCCAAUCUUUACCUAUUCUCAAACUUGGUAUCUUUCAACUUCUCAAAUCCCAUCUGAACACUUCCAAUCAUGGGGUUUCUCUCAAGUUAUCGAUGAUGGUUUUGGUUUAGCUUAUUUGAUUAAUAAUGAUUGGAUCCAUGUGCAUAUUUCUUGUAAGAAGGGUAAUGGAUUAGAUUCUUCUCAUAUGAAAUGGUAUCUUAUUGAAAGUGCUAAUGAAAUGAAGGAUGUCUUGAGUAAAGGAUUAUUGGACGCUGAACCAACACCAAAGGCUAAGUUGUAG